GUCGAGGAGCUUAGGAAGGAACGAACGGACUGAAAGUGAAAUUCAAUUUCAAUACAGAACAAGUUCGUAGUGUAGGAUGUUUUCCAUCUAAUUUAUAUGCCGUGAUUGCCCGACGUGAAACAGCUGAAAGGAAGGAGCUAUGAACUGCGACAGUUUUGAGGCAAAUUCUUGUGCUGCAAAAGCACGACCUACAAAUUAUGCUUUGAAAACUACGAAACAGUCAUCAAUAUCCAUCGAAACCCAGAUUUCUGGGCGAUGAGACGAAAAGCUGAAAGGUAAAGGAUACAAAGGAAAAUAUUCGAGAAGUAAGAGCUGCAGUGACCACGACAAGAUUCAUUCUAUCACAUGGAAGACGAGAAUCAAUUAUGUGAGCGCUUGAUUGCACCAGUAAUCAGUAAGUUGUGUGUCAUAAUGAUCAGUGACUUGAAGCAAGUUCCGGUAAAGGACAAGUUUCCACGCGUAAAGAUGUGCAUAUGGCAAACAAAGUACAGGUAAGUAGUUUGUCGUGCGCUUUGUACGAUUCACUAUGAGAUCAAAUUCGGUGCAGGCCCCACUACAGUGAAGACGCCUCUUGUUCUUCUUUUUGUACCUCCCCGAGAUCCUCCCAUUUUGCUGAAGCAUAAUGAAGAGCAGUUUAUAAUUCGGUGUUCUACCAAAUCCAAACAGAAUAGCUCUUUCUCUCGUUCGGUUCCCUCGAAGCACGUAGUCGCUUCUUAAAACGCUGAAACAUAAUCCUGAUCAAAUUGGUAGCUUUCUUUUGCUGAGCUGUACCACUCGAAAAAUAACCGAGGAAACCUGAAGGUCAAGCUCACUCAACCCAGUUGGUUUCGCAACGCGUUUUCUUUCGGAAUAUUUCUCGAUCUGGUUUUUCUUGGAGCACCUCUUGAUCUGAUUUCGGAUCACGUUCUAGAAAGCGGGCAAAAGAUCAUGUCCAACAUUACUGGUUCCGCGAGUUGGACCCCGGCUAGCUCGAGCUCGUUAUGAAAGUGCACACUUCUCCGCCUCCCCGUGAUUUGUGUUGCAUGAACAGCAAUACAAGCGUCAGCAAGAAUACAGGUUUUGCAUCACAAAUUUGGACAGGCGUGUAGUGCUAUUUGGGCUGCCAGAACUUGUCAUGCAAACAGUGCCAAGAGCCCAGGCCAGGCGUAAAUUAGGCAUUUUGCGCGACAAAUGAGGGGGAGGGGGAGUUGUGCACUCUCAUACCCGUCUCCUCCAGCGUACAAACCUGUGCACCAAAAAAUGGAUACAGCGACGGAGAGCAGCGAAAUGAUGAGAAACGCGAACAAUCUUGAGCCAGUGCCAGCUGCUAGUGAACGAAUUGACCGCGGUACUGGGACUGGAAGGCAUGAUCCUGGUCGUGUGACGGCUCAAAAUACUACAUCAACCACAGGCAACUACAGAUUCUACCCACCCCGCAACACGCUCCGCGGGAAAAUAUGGGAGUUGCUGGAAAUCCGCACACGACAGGAAGAGAGUAUGCUUCUGCUCUCUUUCUUCGCCGCCUUUGUCGGGAUAAGCGUUAUGAUUAUCACGACGUAUUUCCUGGACGACAUGGGGCUCACCGCGGAAGAACACGACUCGCUGAGACAAGAAUUGUUCCAUUUACACCAUAUCUGAUACAUACGCAAAUCAAAAAAACAAUUAGACUGCAGCUGCAUGAUGCAACCAAAGCCGCUAAGCGACGCCAUCUUCAAUGCGUUCGGAAAAAAGCACG